AGCAUAUAUAAAGGUUUGGACAUCUCUCCGAAUCUUUCCUUCCAACAUCCACUUGGCUUUGUUUCGAGACACUCUCAGCCUCUCUUCCAUGUCCAUCAAAGAUGAAUUGACACCCUUUGCUGUAGAACCUCUCACAGAGCGAUUCCUCCCAUCGUUGCCGAUCCUGGCCACACAAAAACCUGUCCGCGACUUCAAGUCUAUGCAGAUAGAUAACAUCAUUUGUCCUUCCCCCCACCCAUCUCAGGCUUCGCCUUCCAACGACGCGGCCGGACUACCUAACCGUCACUCUGCGAUAACUAGUGACAAUCCCGCCUCUCCCCCCACCCCGCAGCUCAUUAGUCACCCACGCUCUCCUCCGCAUGGCAAUCCCGCCUCUCCCCCCACACUGCAGCUCAUUAGUCACCCACGCUCUCCUCCGCAUUCCCUCUCUCCCCCAGCUCCCUCAGUUGACUCACAUCGAUCUCGAGAAUCAGAUGAGAUGGAAGCUCUCAUGGAACCACCCAGAAAGUCGCGGAAACAUGCUACUGGGCAUCGUCGAGGCAUUUCGGUCGAUAAUAUGGUUCCGGUUGACGCCGCAACCCACUAUAGGAGGCCACCUCAAUCCAUGGAGCGUUAUAAGGGUUCGGAUUUAGCCCCACAGAAUGGAGUUAACUCCACAUCUGAUUUUGGUUCCACUCCCCGUCCGCAGCAGAAUGCUACGGCCCAUCUCCAGGCACCACUUCGCUCCCAGUUGCCGCAGCAUAGCCAAUUGAAUGGCGAUGACUCGGAUAGUGGUGAAUUCAGGAGCUGCUCUGCGGAAUCUGAUGACCAAAAAUAUCUGAUUACUGCGGAGGAUGGUACUGUCAUUUCGGUAGCUGACUCACCCGAAGCCCGUAAGCGGCGACAGAAUACCGUUGCGGCACGCCGGAGCCGGCAACGAAAGCUCGAGUACGUCCGCUCGCUCGAGACUCAGCUUGCCGAGCUUAAAAAUGAGCGUGAGGGGCUCAUUUCUCGAUACCAAAAGGCAGAGGAGAGGGUCGAGUGGCUGAAGGAGAUGCUCAUGGAUGGCCGAAGCGCUGGACGUACCAGCUGAGCUGCUCAUGUCAGCUUUCUCUCUCUCUCUCAAAACGAUUCCAACAUAUUCUGUUCAAAAUUGCGCCAGCAUCUGCCCCACGUUUUUUUCUGCUCAAUUUUGCCCAUUGCCCUUUCCGGUUCUAACAACCGACGUUUUGCUCGGACUCCGUUGAGUGGCGCACUCUGCGGGACAAAAGGCUU